AUGAGUGUAGACGAAGCGUUGCAAGUAAUGGAUCAGCAACAGCACGUGCGGAACGGAAAUGGCUCGGGCGUUAUUGACCAACCAGCACAAGAGGAGGAGGAGGCGACUGCUGCUGAGAAAACAGCAGAAGUAUUGCACAGGCCAGGAGAACGUACUAUGAGUCCCUUGACAGGAGUGGGGAGUGGAAAGGUACGAGAUGAGGCGGAUAAAGGGCCUGGGGUCAAAGCGGUACUAAAUUUGAAGGCGGAUGCGGGGGCUGAAAGUGAUGUGAAGUCUGUAGCCAAUCUCGAGGACGAUGAUGGGGCUGAAAGUGGUGCGGAUGCGGUUAACGGGAGAAAUGAGGACACUCAGAAUGAUGUAGAUACAGGAGAAACACGGGAGAAAAACGAAACCGAGCAGGAAUUUAAUGAGAAGUACAAUAAGAUGCUCAAGCAGUAUUCUACACGGCCCUUGUUCAACCCGUUCUUGAUGAGGUCACCACCAAGGAAUACCGG